GCGGUGGCGGCAUUACCUUCUCGCCACGUCCGACAAUACGCGCCGCGACGUGGGGGUGGCCGAACUUGUUCUUGCCAGUCUACUCGAGAACAUCUAGACGCAUUUUUAAUCAAAAUGUAAUUUUUAAUUAUUUUUGAGAUUUUAUCCGGAAACAUAUUUCGACUUUAAGUGUCCACUUUCUAACUGAAUUUAAAUUUGAUGAGCCGGUGGAGACAUGAGCUACUCUCCACACCGCCGCCGGAAGGUCGAGGACGAUGUCUCUCAAGGUUUCUGUGCGGCCCUACAGCGCUCGCCACCCCCCGUGCCCCCCGCCUUACUCAGACGUAUCGGGGGCAAAGAGGUCACCGGAGUCGGGAAGGUGAAAGUCAUGCUGAAGGUGGCGGACAAGAUGGAAGCCUCACAAUGCUUCAAGGCUGACAAGCGCCAUAAGCAGGUGACCCUCUCGGACCCCAACCCCACCGCCAGCGUCGCUCCGCAGGGUCGCAGGGUAGACGUCACCGCCCCCAAAAUGUUUGCCUUCGACGCCAUAUUUACGGAGGAAGACACGCCGAAUGACAUCAACUCCACGGCUCUGGUGGAUCUCCUGCACGCUGUUAUCAACGGCAGUGACGGUUGUCUCCUCUGCUUCGGCCAUGCCAAACUCGGAAAGUCUCAGACCAUGGUGGGGUCUCCUGAUGGCCCUUUGGGAGUCAUCCCCUCCGCGAUAUCCUGGUUGUUCCGAGCCAUCAACGAGCAAAAGCUGAAGACAGGAUCGCGGUUCUCUGUCAGAGUUUCGGCCGUUGAAGUUUCUCACAACUUGAAGGACCUUCUCCUCGGACACGCUAACGACUGUGAACAAAGCCCGGGAGUCUACCUGCGUGAAGAGGUGCAGAACUACAGCGAACUGCGCGUUCCUUCAGCCGAGAAAGCUGCGUAUUACUUGGACUCAGCACUGGCUGGACGUUCUGCGCAGGCGCACUUUCUGUUCACGCUUCACAUUUACCAGUACAAUGUUGCUUCCAAAGGCGCAGUUGCAGGUGGACGGAGCAGACUUCACCUGAUAGAUCUCGGACUCUGUGAGAGGACCAAGCAGAGUGCAGGCCUGAGUCUCUCCGGCAUCGGCAAUGUUUUGUUGGCCAUCUUCAACGGUCAGCGGCACCCUCCUCACAGGGAGUACAGGUUGACGCAAGUGCUGAAGGACUGUCUGACCUCGCUGACCUGUCACGUGACUCUACUAGUCCAUGUUUCUCCAGCCAAUCAGAACUACCCGGAGACCCUGGGCACGAUCCAACUGGCAGCCAGGAUACACCGCAUCCGCCGGCGGAGAGUAAAGUUUGGAAAUUCAGCCGCUACCCAGGUAGCUGGAGAAGAUCUUGGCCGCGUGACGGGGUCCAGCGAUGUCGACCCUUCCAGUAGUGAGCAGUCGGCAGACACGGUCAUCUACGUGGGCCGAUCGGAGGAGACGGACGGUGAGCACCCUCCUGUGUACCUGCCCAGCCUCACGUCAGGGGACAACCGCUGCGCCAUGGGCAAGGCACUCAGGGGCAGCGGCGUGGAGAACAGGAUGAUAGGAUCUAUUAGCUCUAAACAGACAGCAUCAAAGUCCAUGCCUUGCUCUCCGCAGAGGCUCUCCUCGGAAUCCACAGGCCAGGACAAAAAGUUUUCGUCCCACGGUAAGCAGCUAAUAUCCAACAGUGCGAAAUCAUCUCCAGUAAAAUCGAAUCCCUCAAAAGACUUGAAAUAUGCAGAUCCGAAACAACUGGAAGAGAAGUGGGUGGAUGGUCCGAAAAUCCCAAAAUCUAAAGUGGUGGAAGCGAGACAUUUAAAUCUUCUUCACAAAAGCCGCCAACACUUAUUGUCGAAAAAGGAGACUUGGAUCGACGGACCAUUAAAGUCUAACCAGGAUUUUGGCUACGGGUUCAUGGAUUACCACAAGAAGUCGAUGAUCAAGAAGUGGUUAGAGAAUCAAUCUUUGCUGCAUCACCGUCAUAAGUCGGGCUGUACCAAGGAGAAAAGUUCCAGGGGGUAUAUCACGAGGUUCAAGACGUGUGGAGGAGAGAGGAGAACUGAAGGGGAGGGAAAGUGUAAAUCUACCUCUGGCAGUUCUAGAGAAGAACCGCAAAGAAGUUCAAGGGAUUUGAGAGAUGAAGCCUAUGAGAGGUUCAAGGCUAGCAGGGGACAGGCGAGUGGCCAAGAAGAUGGCGAUGGAGACGAAGACGUAGAGGUUGUACCACCUCUAGCCCAGACCACAGUUGUGGCUCAAAACGGAGAGUUCAGUAGGGUAGUUCCAGUGCAAAUGCUGCAAGAAGACCAAAGUGUAGAAGAGGAAGAAGAUGAUAUUGAAGUUGAAAUAGUGGAAGUUGAGGAAUCUGAAGAAUCUGUUCCCAUGCAAGACUCGUGCUUGCAGGUGACAGAAGAGGACAUUGCUCUCUGUAUGGGUGAGGGAGAGAAUCCGUUGCCGGAAGUGGACCAGACAGAAGAUCCAGUAAAACCCUUCGGUCAGCGGAAUCUUACGCUGGUCUCCACAUUUACUGAUUCUUUAACUGUGGCCUACGACUAUGAGAGACUGAUCACCCAGCGACUACACAACUUCACUGAGGGCUCUGCUUGGCUGGGCAACAGAAACAGAGCUCCUCUUCUGCAGAACUCUAGAGGUAUGGUAGAUUACUCCCGACUGGCGAGUCUAGAUACAACCUGUCCUCCGCUAGAGAACCGUCCUCUGGCCCGCUGUCAGUCUCUGUCUCUUACAGACAUGCUGCCCUCCACCGAGCAGCUCAGCGACUAUGACAACAACAGUAUCGUCAGCGAGCCUGCCUACAUCUUGGGAGGUGACCAGCUGUCUGACAAGUUGUGUGAUAAAUGCAGACUGAGGUUCAACAGCAGCGACCUCUAUGAGACACCACUCUACGCUAACCUGCGGAGUUUAUCUGCUCUGCGGCACCCGGACGGAGCAUCCAACCCCAACCUGAAGCAGGCGGGGGAGCGGGAGAGCGAAGUGAGUGAGAAGGAGAACGUGACCCCAAGGCCGCGGAAGAGUGAAGAUGACAGUGACGAAGAUCCUGCAGUACCUCCGCCUUUGCAUGGCAACCUCUUAACUCUCACCAGAGACUCGUUGAACAGGACGAAAGGCUCGCGGCCGUGUGGGGUGACAUCAGUGAGCGGUGGCCACAGUGUACACGACCCUGGAGGCACAGGCAUGCAGUACUGCAAGGCGGACGUGGAGCGGCUGGAGCGUGGUUGGAGCGAGGCCCAGAGGUUGCGGGAAACCAGAGGUGGGCGUCCCCCGCUCCUGACGCCGAACUCAAGAUGGCACUCUGAACGUGACUCAGGCGGAUCCACAGCAUUGGUCGGGCUGAAGGGAGGACCACAGAAAAGAGAUCAACAACGUUAGAUAUAAUUGGUUCAGUUGCAAAAACGAUUUAUGAUUCCCAACAGUAAAAUUGCUCUACAAUUCUACAUUGUUAAAACGGCCAUGGCAAUUAGGAUUAUCUAAUAGUUGAUCCUAAUGAAAGGAAUAUUUGUCUUUGAUGUAUGGUUUAUACAUAUUUUAUGAAAAUGUCUUUUCAUUGUAAAAUGUUGCGAUUUGAAAGUACAGAUUGACGAUAUUUCAGUAGUUACAAUAGUCGGAAAACUCAAUCAAUAGAUUAUAACACGUUAUUGUUAUACUACCUGUUAAAUGAACUUCGCAUAUCUUAUGAGAAUCAGUCGAUGGUCUUAAUGUGGUAAAUACAAGAUAAGGUUAGUCCUCCAUACAUUUUAAAUUUUUUUUGUUUCUUUAAAAGUUUAACCAGUGGAAGAAUUGUUUCUCUACAAAUGAAUAAAUGAAAUGUUUUAUAGAAUUAAAGAUUCCGGAGGUUCACAAAUGUAUUUAUUUAUAAUUUUUAUGACAUUUUAAAAUUAGUUCAAUUAGAGUUUUCACAGGAAAAUAUUUAUUUUGAAAUUAAUUUCAUAUGUCAUAAAUAGAUAAACAGUACGGUUGAAAUGGUAUUCCUAGUGAGGCCGAAAAAACCUUAAUUUGUUUUGUCACUUAGUUAAUUGUGUCGAGUGGACAGUUAGAGAAAAGUAUGGUGUAUACCGAAGACGUAAGAUAUAAAUCUUAACAAAAAGUUUCACUUAACUGUCCUUUCAACACAAACAAAUACGUGUGGACAUCCGAGAUCAUUCCAAUAGUUUUAUAAUUUUAUUUCCUAAAACUCCUUACCUAUACUUACAAGCAAGUAACAAGUACACUUACUAGUGUAGUCAUAUUUGUAUUUUUACCAUACUAGAAUGAAUUUAUUUUCCUACAUCCAACGAAGAACGCUCCUUGUGUAAUUUACCAAACGAACUUAGUAUAGAGAAGACACUAACAGGUCUAGAAACUUUUGUAAUGUCCUUGCCUUGGAUUAUUUGUUACUACCCUGUUAUGCUGAACUGCUGCCUUGUUCUUUAUAAGUGACGGUUGUACAUUGUGUGUCCUAUGUAAGUAUACAUAUCACCAAGCUUGGACCAACGCUUUCUCGACUAUCACGCUUUCGCUUGUCAUAUUCCUCUCUAUUUUGUACAAACCUGUUUAAAACACUCUGUAAUAAAUAUUGUUUACGUUGUA